AUGUUUCAUCACCAUUUUGGCGUGCUGCCGAUACUUCAUCGUUCGAUGGAAGUUUUAUCUCACCGUGGCACGAUCGUCAACAUUCUCAUGAAUAUACUCCGUUUCGAUUUCCUGAUCCUCAUCAUCACUAUGAUCCAACAUCAUCCUACUAUCCUGAUGCAGCAACUGCGGCAGCAGCGAUCGAUUCCUAUACAUCAUCAGCAACAUCCUACUCGCCCUAUAUGGUACAUCAUCAUUCGCCUUCAGCGGCCAACACAACUGCAAUUUCUACUACUGCAAAUAGUUCAUCGUCAGUUAAACCUGAAACAUCAACAGCUGCUGCCUUGCAAUCCGCUUUUAGUCUAUCAACCCCAAUGAAUGUUAAUGUUUCGAUGAAUUUCAAUUCUCAUAGUGUUCAAUAUGCGCCAGGCUAUGGUUCCAAUAUGAAUCCGUCAGCAAGCUUCAGUGCAACACCGUACGAUCCGUUCUAUGCGUCAUCGGCUGCAUCCCAUUAUCCAUUUACAAAUCAUUCGCCUGAACUCAAAUCCAGUCGUUCAUCCGAUCCAGUCACUACCAAACAAGCAAUGUUUCUUUCAGCUGCUGCUGCUAACUAUGAUUACAAAGAUC